CACGGCGGCCCUCUUGCCGAGCCGCCGCCACUCCAUGCCCGAGCACGACAAGUACCAGCUGCGCCCGCGCGGGCCGGUGCGCCACGAGCCGCGCGCCCGCCGCGCGCCGCAGCCGCUCAGCAAGUACCGCCGCAAGACGGCCAACGCGCGCGAGCGCAGCCGGAUGCGGGAGAUCAACCGCGCCUUCGAGACGCUGCGCCGGGCCGUGCCCGCCUCCGAAGUGGUCGGCGCGCCCGUGCAGUGCGAGAAGCUCACCAAGAUCUCGACGCUGCGGCUGGCCAUGCGCUACAUCACGGCGCUGUCCGCGAUGCUGCACGACGGGGACAGUGGCGGCGACGACUCGCGCCCCGAUCGCUGGUCCUCGCCCUUCUGCUCCGACCUGUCGGAGUUGUCGACGGAGCUGGAGCGCGAGACGCCCUCGGAGUUCGCGGAGGACUCGCUCUCGCCCUUCGACUCCUUCUUCGCCGAGUUCGAGUGCGAGUACGUGGACCGAACGUUUGCGUGACGGCUACGGCUGCGGCUGCGGUGACAGUCGCGUGACAGUGCUCGCUUUUGCUGUGUUGUGAUGAUACGACCUCGCCUCGAUCGGGGUCACUCGGUCGGACUCUGGACUGCUGGUGCUAAUUAGGUAUUAAUACAACUUCUGCCAUAUUUUAAUUUUUAAUGUUUUGUAUGAGAAAUAUUUUGAGAUUUACCUAUUUAUUGCCCGGUUAAUAAUAAAUUUUAAUUGUUAC